GCUGGUUUUAUUUGACGUUAAUUGCGUUUGUGAGUUUGCGUCUAUGACGGUGCGAUUGAUUAAGGUUUAAGUUUUCUAGUAUUUUCUGCCUGAAGACUGUAUUUACAAUCCAAUUAUAACUAUUCAAAUCUUGGUAUAGUGUAUUGUUUAGUGCUUUAUAUUUUAAAAGUAUGGAGGGAUUCAUCGAAGUCAACGAAAUAUCAGAUUUCAUUUCUUACAUCCGUAGCAUUGAAUGGCGCGACCCGUGGUUGAUUGCGCUUUUGUCAUUUCACGUUCUAGUAACGUUCACAUGUUUUUCCACAAGGAACUAUGGAAACUUUCAAGUCAUCCUCUUCAUAACAUUGUUGCUCCUUGUGUACUUCUCUGAGAGCAUCAACGAGGUGGCGGCCAAGAACUGGGCGCUGUUCUCCAGACAACAGUACUUCGACAGUAAAGGACUGUUUAUAUCUGUCGUCUUCUCCAUUCCUAUACUCCUCAACUGCAUGAUAAUGGUGGGAUCAUGGCUGUACCAAUCAACGCAGAUGAUGGCCAAACUGAAAACGGCACAGCUCAAGCAGAGGCUGAAAGAACUCAACAUGCACAAGGAACAACAACAGCACAUCAAAGCAGAAUGAAACGCAUGUCAAUUAUAAAGAUUGUGAUCAUAGUGAAGAGGUAAUAUUUUUGCUAUUGUUGCUGUUGGAGUGAUGGAUGUAGACUGUUACGGUUACCGUGUAAGACCUAAUGCAUCUGAUGGACAAUCUAGUAUUGCCUUUAAGUCCAUGUGAAACGUGUAAUAUAGAAUCAUUUACGGAACUUCCGAAAAUAUUUCAAAAUUGAUUUGAAAAUAACCAAAGAAAAUUAUUGACGACCGUAAUUUCACACUAAAAGUGUAAUAAAAAAGACGAGUGGCCUGAAUCUGUAUUUCUCAAGGACUAAAACACCACCACAGAUUUUCUGUCAUAUGUUCUAGGUCUUAAUCGUUAGGAUUUCUAUAUGGACGAAUUAAUCUCAGACUAAAAAAGAUAUAAAAUCCGACGAACUAGAAUGAUGGCGCAGUAAAUAAGUACGAAUAGCAAAGGUGAAGACUUCUAAUUGAAAAAAAAAAAUAGUAUAAAAGAUUAUAUUUUGACUUAAAACAGACCUCAAUGAUUAUGAUUUUGAAGAAAGCGUACCAUACUGAUGUCAGCUCGGAAUAAAGGGUACUUUUACGGUGCACCUCACAUCUUUGCUAUUGUGUAUUCUUUAAAGAUCUCAUUCGCCCGUUCUAUUUGAUCCGUCUAUAUUUUUUAGUCUGAAACAUAAUGAUUGAUAGGUAUGUGUAUAUUUAAUCAGGUUUACAUUAAUUAGUCACAAAAUGACGUCACGUUAUCACUAUCGCUUUCAGGUAAACACCAAAAUUGAUUCGUGUCAUGAUUUUACGCUAUCUUGCCAGAUAUAAUGUGAAUUUGAGUUUGUUUUUAAUCACAAAAACGGAAAAUUAGUGACAAAGAAUUUGUUCCUAAGUCUUGUACAAGAAAAUUAACUCUAUUUCUCUCAAAAAUCUAUUUACACACUUCAAAAUUUUGAACAAUUUAAUUUUCGAAAUAUACUAUUCCAAUUCCUGCAUUUUCUCUUCAACUGUACUUUAUUUUGUAAGUGUAAGUUUAUGUACUUAACUAUACUCGUUAAUAAUUUGGCCAAGAUUGUUUUUUGCCAUUUUUCACAUACAACUGUUGCAUUUUAUUACAUUAUUUUUUGUGUAUAUGUAGUUUAGUUUUUUUUUUUCUAAAUUGUUAGCGAUUUUCUAACAUAAUAUCAUAUUUAAUUUGUUUCUGUUAUGUUAAGCACGUUAUGUGAUAAAUUCUAACCUAGCCUAGGUACCUAUGUAUUGGACCAUAAUAAUGGUUACGUUUGACUUAAAAAUGACGAGAAAGAUAACAAUUUCUAAAGGUUACUUUAAUUCAGGCAUGUUCAAAACUGACAGCUAGCAUUUCAAGGUUAGCUCAGCUGAUCCCAAACUACGUCGCCAUUUUGUAAAAAAUAAAUUACCCACGUCUAAUGUUUAAAAUUUUGCAAGGUUUUGUACUUUUUUUCGUAGAUUUACGUACAGUUUUAUUAUUUUUAUAUGUGUGAUAAAUAAUAGUGAUUAAAUUAAUUUUCAAUAAUAAAAUUUACAUCCUUGGAAUGUUGGAGAUACCAAUUUAAUGAUCACACUUACGUCAUCAAGGGCUAGCAAUGGCGUGUCAUAGGAUUGAGCAUACCUGGUCUUAUAUCAUGCUUUACUUGUACUUUUUUAAUGGUCAGCGUGUUUCGCGGAUAUUUCUAACAUAUGACAAUAUAUGGUGUUGUUCACGCUUGGCGCUUCGCACCGUUUGCAACAUCUUGAUUAAAAAAAAUUCUAACAAUACAGUGCCAUUUUUCAAUACAUAACAAAGAUUGCAAUGUUGAUUGUUAAUAUCAUGUGAUACUAUAUUUAUUAGGUUUUUAUAUAUAUUGGUUACGACACGGUAUUUUAUAUUGGUGCAUUAUAUAUAUACGGUUUAGUUGCGUAGAAUAGGAAUUGGCUAGGUUAGUCAUUAUAAUGAAACUUAGAGAACAACUCGUUUCCUUUUAUUUUUUAUAGUUUAAAUAUUAUAUAUAUAGCUUUCGCAUAGAAUUAUAGUUGAUACCAUCACACUUUUUUUAUAAUGCCACAGACUUCAUAUCGUUAGUACGUUUAUCUUGAUUUUUAAAGACGUGUCUUGUCUUUGUCCAGAUUCAAAUAGAUCGAAAAUAAAAAAGUUAUCUAUUUCAAAUAAAGAAGACAAAUAUGAAAAAAGAAAUUAUAAUAAAAUGAGUAUUCGUUUUAAAACACAAGAUUUACGUGGCGUAAUUCGAGGAUAAAUACAAAAAUAUUUCAUUGUUCUUAUUUUAAAGAUAAUGUUAGCUGAGCGCAGCGCAAUGGAUAAUAUUUUUUUUGGUUCAAGGCCUAGUGCGCAAGUAAAUAUACAAGCGGUGAGACAAGUUCAAUUUUAUACAUUAUAUAUUAAAUAUUCGUUUAGGACAUAAAACUCUAAUAUUUCUAAUAAGGAAAGAAAGACAACUUCUUAAGAAGCUACGAAAUAGGCACCAUACCAACUUAUUACCAUUUAGGAGUCUCUUUAAAUAUAAAAUAACACAAUUCGAGACUUAGUUUGCAAAAUUUUACACAGAAUAAUUUUACCAUUCAAUCAAGUUAGCCGUCCCAAAUUCUGCUAAAAAGCGUGGUAAGGUAUCUUAUUCGAUAUACCUACAUACACACUGAUAUGAUAAACUGAUAGUACCUAUUUGCGUUGUCAUAGUAACCAGUUGUUUUUUUCAUGCUUUCGUAAUGCGUGAUUUAUUGCGGUCUAUUUGUCUUUCACGUUUUUACCACUGGAUUUUAAUAAAUAGCUAACAAGUAGCCAACAUGUGUUUACUUAAAACCAUUUUUGUGUUUACGGUAAUUUAUAUGGACUGUGUAAUGUAAAAUCAACAUAUUACUCACUGUUAGAUAAUAGCCACUAUACACAUGAUAUUUAAAAUACUUUUGCGACGUGAGCGGAUGGUAUUAAGUGGUAAACAGGUGAUCUGGUCAAUCGUGGUUCCAAUUUUAAUUGUAUUUUUUACCUGUCUCACUGCAAGGUAUAUUUUAUUGUUAUAUUUUGUCGACUUACCAACAGAUGUUCUGAGCCUGUAAUAUAUGCUUUCAAAAUAUUGACCCUGCGCCAUUAUAAUUUACAAUUUUAUAAAGUUUUUUUAAAUAAAAUUAUAAUGAAUAUAAUAUUAUCUGUUGUUAUAAAUUAUCGUAUAAAUGGUUACGAUUGCAGGGGAAGAUUUUUAAUUGUAAUAUUUUAUUUUGCACUUUCAGGCGUUUGUUUUACAGUCGAUGUUAGUGAACCUAUUUUGCUUGUGAAAUGUGGAAGCUUCACUCAAUGCACCCACAAGAGAUAUUGUGUUAAGGACUUUUAAUACAAAACUCACUUUAAGGAAACUAUUCAAUGUGGAGUAAAUUAUUGUUCAUAGUUGGUAGUUAUCAACUGCUUCUUGAUCAAACGUACACCAAUGAGUUAUUAGUUUUGUCUUAAGUGCAGUUUUACACUAACACAGUUGGCUCGACCAUUAGGCCUCAAACUGGAUGACAGCGGCAGCGGCGCGGCGGCGGCGGCGGUGCGGGGAGCGGCGCGUUUAAAUGCUAAGAUUUAUAUUGAAGUGUUCUCGAUGGCAGCGGCGCGGCGAGCGGGGUACGAGCGGUGCGCUCUAGUCGAGCGGAGUCUCUGCGUUUGAAACUCGCCUUUUUGUUUCCUUGAUCUUCUUUUGGCCGUAAUAAAUCGUACGAAACAAAAGAACUAUAAUCGAAAAUGCGUUGUCGCCGUUUCGACAUCGCGUUCAUUUGAGACACAACUCUAUACCGCCGCAACACCGCGCGAUCUAGCCGCUGGCAUCGAGAACAGAACAGCGGCCGCCGCGCUGCUCCCCGCCGCUAUCGCUUCCGCGCCGCUGCCGCUGUCAUCCAGUUUGAGCCCUUAUAGACGGCGACACGUCUCACUACUUAUCACGUUGGUCCAUUCGAUCCGGUGUGGUUGUUUGUGUGGGUGCUUAGUUCAUUUUCUGAUGGAUGUAUCUACUGUACUAUCCCAACCCAAUUGGGAUAUAGUCGUGAGCUUAUGUUAUGCUUGUCAUUUUGUCUGAAGUGCGUAGCACAGGUUCAAAGGAUUUUCUGUUCUCCUUUCUCUCUCUUAUAUUCUCCUACUUUCGCGUACAGUCAAACAAACGCCUUAAUUAUUAAUGAAGGACUUUCCCAGCUACUUUCCUCAAAAAAAAAAAAAAAAUAGAUCGCGCAGUUCAA